ACAUGUAGCUUGGAAAAUCUUAAACCCCUAAAACCCUAAAAAGUCAAAAUCACCUUCGCGAGAGACGAUGGAUCACAUAGCGGCGGCGGAAGAGCAAAUCGUAACGGAGAGGAUCAGGAGAAAGCUCGAGGAAGUAAAUGCGUCCGCUCAAUCGCAGCUCUCUCCUGUUCAGGAUCAUAUCAAUUUCACCCUUCAGCAAGCGUACUUCAAGUGUGCGUACGAGUGCUUUGACAGAAGCAGGAAGCAAGAGGAGAUAGCCAACUGCGUUGAGCACUGCAGUGUUCCCGUCGUCAAAUCCCAGCAGUAUUUCGAGGGCGAAAUGGCUCAGUUUCAGGAAAGGAUGAACAGAUCUCUCAUGGUCUGUCAAGACAAAUUUGAGUCUUCGAAGCUCCAUAAGAACAGGGUUGAUGCGGCCAAAGAUAUGGAAGGUUGUGUUAACCAAUCCAUUGAGGAGAGUCUCAAUACGUUGCCCCACAUUGUGCAGAGGAUGAAGACAGCCUUUUCCAUUCGCGACUAAAACAAUUAGCUCUUAGAGAUUAAAAAAAGUUCAUCUUCUUCUACCUUUGUUUAGGCUGUGAUUCAUAAUGCAAAUGCUAAAACGUUUUUUACCCUUUGGUAAUGGGAUUUGGUAGUUGUUACUUGCAAUUUUAUGUUAUUGAUGAUUGUUUUAGCUGAGACU